AUGAAGAAGCCAAAACAUGUACUGAUCCCGGAAUUUAAGAGGCCUGCUUUAAAACCCAUUCCAUAUAUGAAGAACUCAAAAUUCCUGCCUUUUCCAUUAUUCAAACGGCCUAUUCCAAGACCAAUUCCAAUUGUUAAGAAACCAAUUCCAGAGUUUGAAAAGCCUAUUUCAGAACCAAUUCCAGUAGAGAAACCAAUUCCAGAGUUUGAAAAACCUAUUUCAGAACCAAUUCCCGUAGCAGGCAAACCAAUUCCAAAGUUUGAAGAGCCUGUUUCAGAACCAAUUCCAGCAGCAAAUAAACCAAUUCCUAAGUUUGAAAAGCCUAUUUCAGAACCAAUUGCAGCAACAGAGAAACCAAUUUCAGAAGAUAAGAAACCUAUUCUAAAACCAAUUCCAUCGGUAAAGGAAGACUCAUUACUCCUUGCUCCAGAAUCACUGAAGUUGAAAGAGUCUUUAUUCAGGAAACCUAUCCCCCAAAUACCAUUUCCUCCAAAAUUUAAGAAGCCCCUUCCAGCUCAAAAGCCAAUUUCUCCUCCAUGA